AUGGUAAUUGUUGGUGCGGAGAGUGAAUGUCAAGCGCUCUCUUCCACCCUCAAUACCACGACUGAGACGAGCAAUCUCCUUUCGUGCUGCAUUCAGCUGCUCUUCCGUGGAAGGAGAUGCUUCCAGAGAUCUUAUAAAAGUGUGUGUAUAUAUACCGGUAUAUAUCUCUCUACUGAGAAGCACUCGCUGUAUUACAUUUACACUGGUUUGUCCAAACCUGUCAAUCGGCCGGGCAUCUAUCAAUUCACUGCUAUGGGUCUGCUAGAUGACAGACAGAUUGACUAUUACAAUAGCAGAGAACAGAGAAAUAUUCCCAAACAGCUCUGGAUAAAAGAGAAAAUGCAUGAGGAUUACUGGGAAAAAGGCACCCAGUCCAGAAAGAGCAAAGAACUGUGGUUUAAUAUAAAUAUCGACAUUCUGAUGAAACGAAUGGGACACAAUGAAUCAGAUGUUCAUGUUCUUCAGUGGAGAACUGGUUGUGAAAUUGAGAAGCAGGGAAAUGAAGUGAGGUUUUCUAAAGGCAUUAGUGAGUACAGCUAUGAUGGAGAAAACGUUCUGUCUUUUGAUGAUAAAGAGGCUCAAUGGGUCGCCCCAGUUGAAGCAGCUCUACCAACCAAGAGAAAAUGGAAUAGUGUGCCCAUCCUAAAGCAGUACACCAAAGGCUACCUGGAGAAAGUGUGUGUGGACUGGCUCAACAAAUUCAGAGAAUAUGGAGAUGAGGCGCUCAUAAACGCCUAUACAGAAAAGUACUAUAACCUGAUGAAAUGCUGGAGUUCCUGUAAAAGAAGGACCUCAAGCUCCAUCAGGCUGGAUGGGGAGCAUCGGGUCGUUGUCCUGUUGGAAGAUAAACCGUCGCCCCAGUCUGAGGUCCAGAGCGCUCUGAAGCAGGUUCUCAUCAAGGAUGCCUCUGAUUGCUGCAUUCAUCUUUCCCUCGAUCCUGAGUAG